AUGAGAGUCGUCAUUUUGCUUUGCAAUUUAUUUCUGUCCGUCGAGGCCUUUUUAAAAUUUGGAGAUGAGUUCUAUGGACACAAAAGUUCAAAACGCGGCGUAGACAUUCGCGACUUCGAUGAAAGAAAUCAAGAACAUUUCCGGGUUUCCUACGGCGCCCGCCCUUUCCAGCAAAUACGACCUCGAUUUUCGAUGCAAACGCGGCGCGUUCCGAUCCCUCAUUCGAAGCUCGAGAACUCCUUCAGCAAAUUCUUCCGAUGA